UUAAAAGUACCGGGGAAACAGUAAAGGAGCGGCUGAGCCGUGGCUUCCUAAACUUGGAGCUCGCUCUCUGCCACGGCUGGAGAAGUGGGCUCGCCGGCUCCGCUCGGGCUGGGGGCGCGAAGAGGGGCCCGCCGCCGUGGAAAGCCAGUCCCCCCAAGCCGCCGCGGACCCCAGCUGCCAAGAACCCCCGCCAGUCCCACCUAGCUGCCCAGCGCCCGCCCCUCGGUCAGAGCCUCCAGCAGAGGGCAGGGAUGGAAAGGCGUGGGGGCUUCCGCCUUUGCAGUUGCUUAGCUGUGCUCUCCCUCCUCCCCUGCCUGAGCCUGGCACAGUACGAGAUCUGGCCCCACUACCCUGAGUACUUCCAGCAGCCCGUGCCCGAGUACCAGCGGCCCCAGGUGCCCUCAGACAUCGUCAAGAUUCAGGUGCGCCUGGCGGGGCAGAAGAGGAAGCACAGCGAGGGGCGGGUGGAGGUGUACUACAACGGGCAGUGGGGCACCGUGUGUGACGACGACUUCACCAUCCACGCCGCCCACGUCGUCUGCCGUGAGCUGGGCUACGUGGAGGCCAAGUCCUGGACCGCCAGCUCCUCCUAUGGCAAGGGGGAAGGACCCAUCUGGCUGGACAAUGUCCACUGCACUGGCAAAGAGGCCACCCUCGCAGCCUGCUCCUCCAAUGGCUGGGGUGUCACCGACUGCAAGCACACAGAAGAUGUGGGUGUGGUGUGCAGCGACAAAAGGAUUCCUGGGUUCAAAUUUGACAAUUCACUGAUGAACCACAUAGAGAACCUAAACAUCCAGGUAGAGGACAUCCGGAUCCGAGCCAUCCUUUCCACCUUCCGCAAGCGCACCCCAGUGACAGAGGGCUACGUGGAGGUGAAAGACGGCAAGGCCUGGAAGCAGAUCUGUGACAAGCACUGGACAGCCAAGAAUUCCCGCGUGGUCUGCGGCAUGUUUGGCUUCCCCGGGGAGAAGACCUACAACACCAAAGUGUACAAGAUGUUUGCCUCCCGGAAGAAGCAGCGCUACUGGCCGUUCUCUAUGAAUUGCUCAGGCAUGGAGGCCCACAUCUCCAGCUGCAAGCUGGGCCCUCAGGUGUCACUGGACCCAGUGAAGAAUGUUACCUGUGAGAAUGGGCUGCCGGCUGUGGUGAGUUGUGUGCCUGGCCAGGUCUUCAGCCCUGAUGGACCCUCAAGAUUCCGGAAAGCCUACAAGCCUGAGCAGGAACGUGUGUCUCUCCAGCAACCCCUGGUGCGGUUGAGAGGUGGUGCCAACUUCGGGGAGGGCCGCGUGGAGGUGCUCAAGAAUGGAGAAUGGGGAACCAUCUGUGACGACAAAUGGGACCUGGUAUCUGCCAGCGUGGCCUGCAGAGAGCUGGGCUUUGGGAGUGCCAAAGAGGCCAUCACCGGCUCCCGGCUGGGGCAAGGGAUAGGACCCAUCCACCUCAACGAAAUUGAGUGCACUGGAAAUGAGAAGUCCCUUAUAGACUGCAAGUUCAAUGCCGAGUCUCAGGGCUGUAACCACGAGGAAGAUGCUGGUGUGAGGUGUAACAUCCCUAUCAUGGGCUUCCAGAAAAGGCUGCGCCUGAACGGAGGCCGGAACCCCUAUGAGGGCAGGGUGGAGGUGCUGGCAGAGAGGAAUGGAUCCCUCGUAUGGGGGACAGUGUGUGGUGAGAACUGGGGCAUUGUGGAGGCCAUGGUGGUCUGUCGGCAGCUGGGCCUGGGGUUCGCCAGCAACGCAUUCCAGGAGACCUGGUACUGGCAAGGAAAUAUCUAUGCCAACAAAGUGGUGAUGAGCGGAGUGAAGUGCUCGGGCACAGAGCUGUCCCUGGCACACUGCCGCCGGGAUGAGGACGUGGCCUGCCCCCUGGGUGGGGUGCAGUAUGGCGCUGGAGUCGCCUGUUCAGAAACCGCCCCCGACCUGGUCCUCAAUGCAGAGAUUGUCCAGCAGAGCACCUACCUGGAGGACCGACCCAUGUUCAUGCUCCAGUGUGCCAUGGAGGAGAACUGCCUCUCAGCCUCGGCCGCCCAAACCAACCCCACCACAGGCUACCGUCGGCUCCUCCGCUUCUCUUCCCAGAUCCACAACAACGGCCAGUCAGACUUCCGGCCCAAGAAUGGUCGCCAUGCGUGGAUUUGGCAUGACUGCCACAGGCACUACCAUAGCAUGGAAGUGUUCACCCACUAUGACCUGCUGAGCCUCAAUGGCACCAAGGUGGCAGAGGGCCACAAAGCCAGCUUCUGCUUGGAGGACACGGAAUGUGAAGGAGACAUCCAGAAGAGUUAUGAGUGUGCCAACUUCGGUGAGCAAGGCAUCACCAUGGGCUGCUGGGAUGUGUAUCGCCAUGACAUCGACUGCCAGUGGGUGGACAUCACUGAUGUGCCACCUGGAGACUACGUGUUCCAGGUUAUCAUUAAUCCCAACUACGAGGUUGCAGAGUCUGACUACACCAACAACAUCAUGAAGUGCAGGACCCGCUACGAUGGCCACCGCAUCUGGAUGUACAACUGCCACAUAGGUGGUUCCUUCAGUGAAGAGACAGAAAAGAAGUUUGAACACUACAGUGGACUCACAAAUAACCAGCUCUCCCCAUGGUAAAGGAGCCGACAUGGUCACCUGCUUCAGACCACCGAGCAAAUGCCUUCCCCAGCAAUUGCAGUCUGCCCGAUGCCACACCAGCCCUGCCCAGCCCCGAUCUGCCCCUUCUCCACCUACGCAGCUCACCCAAGCUCAGAAGAAGCCUGUUCCUGACAUUUCUGGGGGUGGCUGCCUAGCAUGUGGUGCCUGCAGGGGCUGGGGCUCAUCCACAGGGCUGUGGGAACAGCACAAGGGCCAUCUUGCCCAGGACCCCAGGGGCAAGGCUGUCAUCAGCUUGUCCCAGCCAUACCACAGCCUGCCCUGAAAAUGACACCACCCACCCAGCCACCACAGAUGAGGAGGGCCCAGCCUCUUGAGUUACAUGUUGGCAAAGGAGAGCUCGUCAACCCAAGGUUGUCCAGCUGUUCCAUUUCUUCUCCUCGUAGGGCCUCUCCAGCAAACUUGAAUAUCUAGACUCUUCCAGAUAAACAAACUGCCUCUACUCAACUCCACUUUACUCACAUAUACGAAUAGGUGAGCUCAGAGUUGGUGCUUCACCCCUGUCCCCAGCUCCUAUUUUUCAAGAUACCAUGAUUCUAUUUGCAAGACUGAAACACAAAGUGUUUUUCGUGGCAUUUCAUAUUGGGCAUCUGGGCCUUUGAAAGUAUAGCUCAAAAGCAAAACCAACUCACCUAUGUAAGUGACUCAUCAUUCUGUUGUUCCAAUUGUGGGUAACUGAUCAGCGGUGCUAUAACCACAGUCCUGGGUGAUGAGGACACUCACCAAACACCAUGCAUCAUCAUGGACACUUACACAUACUUGAAACUUCCAAUAAAAGACUUAUGAU